CUCUGGCCCCGCCCACGGACUCUGGCCCCGGGAUCGGGACGGGACCGGGACCGGGACCGGGACCGGGACCGGGACCGGGCGCGACAUGGGCGGGUGGCGGGAUAUGUCCCCUGAGGCGCUGGAGGACCAGUACUCCCCCAGCCGCUGGUCCCCCCGCCUCGACCGGGACACCAUCAUCGACGCCCACCUCGCGGUGACCGCAGCAGGAACCGAGCGGGCCCGAGCCAGCGCCCAGACCUCGUUGCACGUCCCCUACGGCAAAGGGGACGGGGAGAAGCUGGACAUCUAUUUCCCCACGGACCAUGCUGGGACCUUCCCGGUCCUGGUCUACAUCCAUGGCGGAUACUGGCAGUGCCUGAGCAAGGACGAGUCGGGAUUCGCAGCCCCCCCGCUGGUGUCGCAGGGGGUGGCAGUGGUGGCGGUGGGGUAUGACACAGCCCCCAAAGGUCACAUGGACACCAUGGUUCUGCAGGUGCGCCGGUGCAUUGCCUUCCUGGUGGAGCAGUACCCUGGGAUCAGAGGCAUUUACCUGUGUGGGCACUCAGCAGGGGCCCACCUGGCAGCCAUGGUGCUGUUCACGGACUGGACGGAAUUCUGCGUGGUGCCAGAUAUCAAAGGAGCGGUGCUGGUGAGUGGCGUGUACGAUCUGGAGCCCAUCCUGCACACCUAUGUGAACGAUGCUCUGAACAUGAGCUGGGAGGUGGCCCAGAGGAAUAGUCCCAUGCGACACGUUGCCCCAGCGGUGCCAGCGGCCUGUGAGGUGCUUGUGGUUGUGGCCCAGCACGACUCCCCGGAGUUUCGCAGGCAGUCAAAGGAGUACAGCCAGGUCCUGCGCGCAGCCGGCUGGUCUGUCUCCCUGCUGGAUCUGGCUGGUAGGGAUCACUUUGAUGUCAUUGAGAAGCUGUCAGAGAACAGCUACAUUCUCACUCAGCACAGGGUGGCCACUGCCUCAGACCCCACCGGCCCCUUCUGCUCUGCCCAGCCUAGGCUGGUGCCCCUUCCCUGGGAUAUUCCUGCCUGCUGGAGCAUGAAGGCCUGAGGGCUGCAAGGCUCUGUCUGGACAACUGGUUGAUGAAGAUCAUUCCCUCAGUGUCCUUUAAACUGCAUGUUGUUGAUACAAAAUAAACCAGGAAUUACUGCUGCCUGGGGUAGCUGCUUCCCAGGGAGCCGGUGAGUGCACACCCACUGUGAUUACU